AUGAUGCGAUUUUUCGCCGACCCAGAUCCUUCGCACAGAACGUCGCGUGAAGCAGUCGCAGGGAGCUUCCCGGGGGAGAAGCGUGCCGUGCUAGGCGACAAACAGAUCAUCCAAGCGGCUUCGCUGCAAACUGUAGAGCUUGAGCGCGCGGAGAACCAGCUGCGCAAGCAGUGGCAAAGGGGGAUCUCGGGGGGAGACAAGGCGGAGAAACGCGCUCGCGGAACCAGCGGCGGAGGGGGAAGUCGCCAUGGCAGGACUGGGAGCGGCGGGGACGGCGGGGGGGAAGUGGGGGGAGGGGAGACGGGAAGAAAGGCAGGCCGUCCGAUUAACGGCAUGCUGCGGCCUGUUCAGGGCGGCGAUUUCUUGGACGUGGCGCUCCUUGCUGGCCUGGCGACGCGGGCUCGGCGGGAGGCAGCCAGGCUACAGGAGGAGAUGACACGUGUCCUCCGUGACGUGGAGAAAGCGCGCGAAGAGAGCGCGCGAAUGGGGGAACGCGCCGCGGCGGCGCUUGAGGACGCGGCGGACGCGAUCGAAGCGGCGGCUCGAGUUGCGAUUCGGAAUGGCGGGAAGAAGGGGCGGUCCGGAGGAGGCGACGCGGGAGGGAAGGGGGGGAAAGGGGGAGCGCGGGCGACGGAAAUGGCGUUAGGCGGGUGGUGGGGGGACGGAGGAGUAAGAUUGAUUAAGGUUAAAGUGCCGGAUCGACAUGCCGGGGGGUGUCUGGAUGAAAAGAGCGGCUCGGGGAGAGGUUUAAAGCUGUAUGUUGCGCAAUCCGACGCGGAAGAUGGGGGGGAGGCGGAGUUAGUCGGGGAGGAUGACGUGUCAGACGAUGGUUGGGCCGCGCUUUCGCUCGAUGGCGACUCGGGGAGUGAGGGUAAGGGGGAUAUUUUGGGGACCAAGAGAUUAAAGUCCCGAGUAUUAGGGUUGUAUGGUAUGCGUCCCGGAGAUGGGCGUGGAAGGGCGGUUCGAGACGGCUCGGAUGGUGAGGGAAUGGAGGAGGAAGAGGAGGAGGAGAACGAGGGGUUUCCUGAGGGAGAAGACGAGGAGGAGGAAGAGGGGGAAGAGGAAGAGGAAGAGGAGGAGGAGGAAGAUAAGGAGGAAGAAGAGGAGGAAGAGGAAGAUAAGGAGACGAGAUUCAGAGCCGGGAACUCCUCCGCAGCAGAAGCAGCCCUGUUCGCCGCCGCAGCAGCUGUCACAGGCGCGUCAGGCCACGCUGCCGCUACAACCGCCGCCGCUACAGCCCGGCUGGAAGCCCGUGCUGCUGGGGCGGGGGCUGGGGCGGGGGCGGGUGGCGGGGGCGGGGGAGGGGGAGGCGGAGGGGGAGGGGGAGGUGCGGGGGAGAGGACUAGCGGGAGAGGGCGGGGAGGGGGAGGUACACCUCUUGAGUCUCCCACCUCACCCCCGCCGUCUCCAUUGUUCGAGGGGUUGACUGGUGCGGGUGUAACUGGGGGGGGUACUGGUUCUGGGGGAGCAGGGGGAGUGGGGGGAAUGGGGGGAGGGGGGGAAGCGGGAAAAACGGGAAGUGCACGAGAGGAGGAAGGAGGGGCGCCGUUGCUUGCAGGAACCCCUCUAGAAAGAGUGCAGAAACCAGCAUCACCUGCUGCUAGUUCCGCGUUCAGUUCUGGUCCGGGAUCUGCCUUUGGUUCGGGUUUUGGUUCGGGUUUCGGUUCGAGUUUCGGUUCGGGCUUGGGGUCUGGCUUUGCCGCUUCCGCGUCUUUAUCCCCCGGCCUGCGAUUCCACGGGCGGCAAAUGUCGGCGCCACCUGCCGAGCUGCUGGAGAUGAGCGGCGGGCUGGGCGGCGGCGGAGGGUUCGGAGGGUUGGCUGCCGCCCAGUUAGUGGCUAUGAAACGGUUGGAAGCGGCUAAGAACUUAGGAUUGCUACCUAAUGCAGGUGGGGCUGAGGAGGGGGCGGGCAGUGCUGCUGGGGGAGGUGGGGAGGUGGGAACUGGGGGCGGUGCUUCUCCUGGGAGGGAUUCGAGCCCAAGAGGGGGUCUGAGGGGGGGAGGGGGGAGCGUGGUAAGCCCUGGGAGGGAUCAGCAGCAGCAGCACCAGUUGGGGGGAGGGAAGCAGGGUAACAGUGGGACAACAGGAGCAGGAGCGGCAGGAGGAGCAGGAGGAGCAGCAGCAGCAGAAGCAGGGGCGCCGUUUCAUGUUCCCACCCCUCCUCCCCGCUCCCAGCUUCCUGCCAAUCGCUCCCCCGCCCAGCGCCUAGCCGCCUCUGCUCUCGUCCGCCACGCCUCAGUGGACCUCUCAGCCCUGCGGGGCGGAUCCGGGGGAGGCUUUACCUGGGGCAGCGCGAAUCCCAGAUUCGCUGUAGACAGACUCAACAUGCUGGGGACUUCGCUAGGUCCCACCUCCCCCGGGUCACCCUCCCCCGGUUCCCCCUCCUCCCGCUCCCACCACUCCCUCGCGCCGAACCUCCGCCCGCAGGUGCCGUGGCUGCCGGCCACCGACCCUGAGCUGGCGAACCUGCCGGUUCGGAGGUUUGGUUCUGGGAUUCCAGGUCGGGGGGCAGGUUCGGUGACGAUGAGUGAAGCUGAGCUGACUGCGUUUGUGAAGGGUACCCCCCCUCCUGGUGGGCUUGGGAGGACCCUGAGUGGAAUUGUCGGGGUUACCGGUCGCAGUGGGGGUGGGGGUGGUGGUGCUGGUGGGGGUGCUGGCAGUGGUGGUGGGGGUAGUGGUAUUGGUUCCAGUCCCCUUGGGGGGGGGACCGGAAAUUACUCUAUCAGCAACAGUGGUGGUAGCAGUGGUGGCGGUGGUGGUACGAAUAUUCACAGCCUAGGGGAAGGGGUGCCUCGUCUCAUGUCUUCUAUACUUAUGGAGGAGGGUGGGGCUUCUGCUGCUGCUGGUUUUGGGGCGGCAAGGGGCGGCAGUCACCUGGGCGGCAGUCCCCUUGGGAUUACCCGCACUGCAUCGCUUUCGCCGCCCAAUUCUGGGGGGAGGGAGGAGGGGGAGGGGGAGGGGGAGGGGGAGGAGGGGGAGCAGCAGGAGGAGCAGGAGCAUCAGGAGGAGGGGAUGGAGGGGGAGGAGGAGGAGGGGGAGGGGCAGGAGGAGGGGGAGGGGGAGGGGCAGGAGGAGGGGGAGGGGGAGGGGCAGGAGGAGGGGGAGGGGGAGGGGCAGGAGGAGGGGGAGGGGGAGGGGCAGGAGGAGGGGGAGGGGGAGGGGCAGGAGGAGGGGGAGGGGGAGGGGCAGGAGGAGGGGGAGGGGGAGGGGCAGGAGGAGGGGGAGGGGGAGGGGCAGGAGGAGGGGGAGGGGGAGGGGCAGGAGGAGGGGGAGGGGGAGGGGCAGGAGGAGGGGGAGGGGGAGGGGCAGGAGGAGGGGGAGGGGGAGGGGCAGGAGGAGGGGGAGGGGGAGGGGCAGGAGGAGGGGGAGGGGGAGGGGCAGGAGGAGGGGGAGGGGGAGGGGCAGGAGGAGGGGGAGGGGGAGGGGCAGGAGGAGGGGGAGGGGGAGGGGCAGGAGGAGGGGGAGGGGGAGGGGCAGGAGGAGGGGGAGGGGGAGGGGCAGGAGGAGGGGGAGGGGGAGGGGCAGGAGGAGGGGGAGGGGGAGGGGCAGGAGGAGGGGGAGGGGGAGGGGCAGGAGGAGGGGGAGGGGGAGGGGCAGGAGGAGGGGGAGGGGGAGGGGCAGGAGGAGGGGGAGGGGGAGGGGCAGGAGGAGGGGGAGGGGGAGGGGCAGGAGGAGGGGGAGGGGGAGGGGCAGGAGGAGGGGGAGGGGGAGGGGCAGGAGGAGGGGGAGGGGGAGGGGCAGGAGGAGGGGGAGCAUGGGGGGGAGGAUGGGAGGGAAUCGUAG